ACCAUUUCCAGAUCUAUAGUAGAGAAGAAAAGCCUCACACAGCGUCCGCCUGCUGACAGAGAAUAGACACAAAAUGUCUCUACUGGAAUUAAUCCUUAUUUUUGUGCUUCACUUUGAAGCAGGCAUCAGUGGAGAACCUAUCUAUGUCUACAACAGACCUGGACAUAAUGCCAUUCUGCCCUGUACCAGUGCAUCACCCUCUGACAGACAACGCCACAUUGCUACAUGGUUUUACAACAAAUAUGGAUUUCAUGAAUCCAUUGAGGUUUGGAAAGGAAAUGUUGUGGAGAGCUCAACCCGAGCUGCCAGGAUGAGUCUGGACUCUUCCUGCUCUUUGGUCAUUAACAAUAUCACUCCUGAGGAUGCUGGUCUCUACAUUUAUGGGUAUUUUGACACUACAGAGGUAUAUCUAAGUGUUCUGACAAUCUCUCCAUCUCCUCCAGACGCUGAUCCAAAGAGGGACGGUGAAGUCAAAUUAGUGUGCUUUCUGUUGAGAUACACUGGACUUGGUCCUUGUAAACAGAACAGCCUCCGCUGGGUGGAUGAGACAGGAACUGUGCUGCUUGAUGAAGGUGUCGGGUACAAGUUCAUCGGACAGAAGGACUGUGUCUCUGUUCUGAAAGUGAAGCGUCAGAGUGGCCACAACAGGAGAUACACCUGCCAGUUUGUUGAUGAGAACAAUGUAAAGAUAGAGGCUGACUACACACCUGUCUUCAUAGGAGGGACAGGAGACGAUCAGCCAGAAAAACCUCAUUCAGCAGGCAUCAGUGGAGAACCUAUCUAUCUCUACAACAGAUCUGGACAUGAUGUCAUUCUGCCCUGUACCAGUGCAUCACCCUAUGACACAACAUGCUCCAUCGUUACAUGGUUUUACAACAGAGAUCAAUCUCAGAGUUUCAUUGAGGUUUGGGAAGGAAAAGUUGAGAAGAGAUCAGCCCGAGCUGCCAGGAUGAGUCUGGUCACUUCCUGCUCUUUGGUCAUUAACAACAUCACUGCUGAGGAUGCUGGUCAAUACGCCUGUCGGCAGGGGACAAGCCUUCAUCAUGAUGCAGUAGUAUAUCUAAGUGUUCUGACAAUCUCUCCAUCUCCUCCAGACGCUGAUCCAAAGAGGGACGGUGAAGUCACAUUAGAUUGCUCUCUGUCGAGAUACAUUGAACUCGGUCCUUGUAAACAGAACAGCGUCCGCUGGGUGGAUGAGACAGGAACUGUGCUGCUUGAUGAAGGUGUCGGGUACAAGUUCAUCGGACAGAUGAACUGUGUCUCUGUUCUGAAAGUGAAGCGUCAGAGUGGCCACAACAGGACAUACACCUGCCAGUUUGUUGAUGAGAACAAUGUAAAGAUAGAGGCUGACUACACACCUGUCUUCAUAGGAGGGACAGGAGACGAUCAGCCAGAAAAACCUCAUUCAGCAGGCAGCAGUGGAGAACCUAUCUAUCUCUACAACAGAUCUGGACAUGAUGUUAUUCUGCCCUGUGCCAGUGCAUCACCCUAUGACACAACAUGCUCCAUCAUUACAUGGCUUUACAGCAGAGAUCGAUCUCAGACUUUAACUGAGGUUCAGGAAGGAAAAGUUGAGAAGAGCUCAGCCCGAGCUGCCAGGAUGAGUCUGGACACUUCCUGCUCUUUGGCCAUUAACAACAUCACUGCUGAGGAUGCUGGUCAAUACACCUGUCGCCAUGGGACGAGCCCUAAUAAGAAUGCAACUGUAUAUCUAAGUGUUCUGACAAUCUCUCCAUCUCCUCCAGACGCUGAUCCAAAGAGGGACGGUGAAGUCACAUUAGAGUGCUCUCUGUCGAGAUACAUUGGACUCGAUCGUUGUGAACUAAACAGCGUCCGCUGGGUGAAUGAGACAGGAACUGUGCUGCUUGAUGAAGGUGUCGGGUACAAGUUCCUCAAACAGAAGGACUGUGUCUCUGUUCUGAAAGUGAAGCGUCAGAGUGGCCACAACAGGAGAUACACCUGCCAGUUUGUUGAUGAGAACAAUGUAAAGAUAGAGGCUGACUACACACCUGUCUUCAUAGGAGGGACAGGAGACGAUCAGCCAGAAAAACCUCAUUCAGCAGGCAUCAGUGGAGAACCUAUCUAUCUCUACAACAGAUCUGGACAUGAUGUCAUUCUGCCCUGUACCAGUGCAUCACCCUCUGACACAACAUGCUCCAUCGUUACAUGGCUUUACAACAGAGAUCGAUCUCAGACUUUAACUGAGGUUCGGAAAGGAAAAGUUGUGGAGAGCUCAGCCCGAGCUGCCAGGAUGAGUCUGGACACUUCCUGCUCUUUGGUCAUUAACAACAUCACUGCUGAGGAUAUUGGUCAAUAUGCCUGUCGGCAGGGGACGAGCCCUAAUCAUGAUGCAAUAGUAUAUCUAAGUGUUCUGACAAUCUCUCCAUCUCCUCCAGACGCUGAUCCAAAGAGGGACGGUGAAGUCACAUUAGAUUGCUCUCUGUCGAGAUACAAUGUACUCGGUCCUUGUAAACAGAACAGCGUCCGCUGGGUGAAUGAGACAGGAACUGUGCUGCUUGAUGAAGGUGUCGGGUACAAGUUCAUCGGACAGAUGAACUGUGUCUCUGUUCUGAAAGUGAAGCGUCAGAGUGGCCACAACAGGAGAUACACCUGCCAGUUUGUUGAUGAGAACAAUGUAAAGAUAGAGGCUGACUACACACCUGUCUUCAUAGGAGGGAUAGGAGACGAUCAGCCAGAAAAACCUCAUUCAGCAGGCAUCAGUGGAGAACCUAUCUAUCUCUACAACAGAUCUGGACAUGAUGUUAUUCUGCCCUGUGCCAGUGCAUCCCCCUAUGACACAACAUGCUCCAUCAUUACAUGGUUUUACAACAGAGAUCAAUCUCAGAGUUUCACUGAGGUUCAGGAAGGAAAAGUUGAGAAGAGAUCAGCCCGAGCUGCCAGGAUUAGUCUGGUCACUUCCUGCUCUUUGGUCAUUAACAACAUCACUGCUGAGGAUGCUGGUCAAUACAUCUGUCGGCAGGGGACAAGCCUUCAUCAUGAUGCAAAUUUAUAUCUAAGUGUUCUGACAAUCUCUCCAUCUCCUCCAGACGCUGAUCCAAAGAGGGACGGUGAAGUUACAUUAGAGUGCUCUCUGUUGAGAUGGGAUGGACUGGGCCCUUGUAAACAGAACAGAGUCCGCUGGGUGGAUGAGACAGGAACUGUGCUGCUUGAUGAAGGUGUCGGGUACAAGUUCCUUGGACAGAAGGACUGUGUCUCUGUUCUGAAAGUGAAGCGUCAGAGUGGCCACAACAAGACAUACACCUGCCAGUUUGUUGAUGAGAACAAUGUAAAGAUAGAGGCUGACUACACACCUGUCUUCAUAGGAGGGACAGGAGACGGUCAGCCAGCAGAACCUUAUUCAGCAGGCAUCAGUGGAGAACCUAUCUAUCUCUACAACAGAUCUGGACAUGAUGUUAUUCUGCCCUGUGCGAGUGCAUCACCCUCUGACACAACAUGCUCCAACGUUACAUGGAUUUACAGCAGAGAUCGAUCUCAGAGUUUCAUUGAGGUUUGGGAAGGAAAAGUUGAGAAGAGCUCAGCCCGAGCUGCCAGGAUGAGUCUGGACACUUCCUGCUCUUUGGUCAUUAACAACAUCACUGCUGAGGAUAUUGGUCAAUAUGCCUGUCGCCAUGGGACGAGCCCUAAUCAGAGUGCAACUGUAUAUCUAAGUGUUCUGACAAUCUCUCCAUCUCGUCCAGACGCUGAUCCAAAGAGGGACGGUGAAGUCACAUUAGAGUGCUCUCUGUCGAGAUACUAUGGACUCGAUCGUUGUGAACAGAACAGCGUCCGCUGGGUGAAUGAGACAGGAACUGUGCUGCUUGAUGAAGGUGUCGGGUACAAGUUCAUCGGACAGAAGAACUGUGUCUCUGUUCUGAAAGUGAAGCGUCAGAGUGGCCACAACAGGACAUUCACCUGCCUGUUUGUUGAUGAGAACAAUGUAAAGAUAGAGGCUGACUACACACCUGUCUUCAUAGGAGGGAUAGGAGACGAUCAGCUAGUAAAACCUCAUUCAGAUCAGUUUAAUAAUCAGACCUACAUCAUAAUCGGUGCAGUGGUCGGGGUGGUGGUAGUGCUGGUUAUCAUCGCUGCUGUUCUCAUCAAAUACAGGAAGAGAGCCAAAGUGACAGUGGAUGUUCAAAAACCAACCCAACACACUCAUUUUUCCACUGAUGACAAACUGCCAGUAAAAGAUGAGGAAGAACCAGAGAGCAAUCUGACCUAUGUCACUGUUAGCCAUGCUAAUCAACAGACCUCUCCUAAGAAAAAGGUCAAAGAGGAGGAGGAGGUGACUUAUUCUACAGUCAAGACUUCAUUGAAGACAGAAGCAGACGAUGAUCCCAGCGGCCUCUACAGCUACGUCAGCCAACCAAAAUAAAUCAGAGGAUAUGAGACUUCCCAUAAUGUCAUAUUCAUAAAACCUGCUGCAAGAGUCUUUUUUUGUCUGAAGAAGUGGGUAGUUGGAUUUGUGCCUCAGUGUUUGUAUCAAAUGCUGAGAAGUUGUUUCUAGUUUGGUGUUGCUUUGCUCAGCAUUAAGCUGGUUGUUCUGUUAAACUGGUGUCCUCUUACUCAGCCAGUUAAUGAUUUUAAAAAGACAUUAAGCCGGAUUGGCAGAAUGAUUGUCACAAGUGAAAGUAUAAUCUUUGUUGGUCAGUGAACAGAAUUGUUUGACAAAAAGAUAAAGCUACAGAGCAUUUCAUUGUUGGAUACUGUUGUCAAGCCAAUGUUCAAUUUUGCAACUAAAAGUCGGAUCCAAUGGUCCUUAUGAUCUAACGUUCUAUAGUUGGACUGUGAGCGUAACUUAUUGUUCCUACAUUAUUUUUCCCGUUAGGAUGUUUUAUUUUGUUGUAACAUUGUGUCAUAUUCUGCUAGCAUUAGCAUUGCUAAGAUAUCUGUUAGGAUUUCUCAUUGGGUUGUCAGUAAUAUAAAAUAAAAAUGAUGCACUUCU